GUCCACGGCACCAGUGGCUAUGGGGCGGGCAGGUUAGCGCUGCCGCUAAGCCGCCAGCAACUUAGUGUCGUUUUGGCAGUCGGUGGAGCUAUAUAGCAGCGGAGUUCCCAACGGAAAGUUCCUAAAAGUGAUAUUUAUUUUCCGUCCUGGAUUCUUACUUCGUGCCUUCAGCGAUGGGUUAGAGCAGCUGAUCCUCAAUGUCCUCUACGCCGAAACUCUUGCGCCACGUUCCUGCUUAUCUUCCUGAGAAGCAUUACAGUCACCUUGAAAAGAUUACGGGACAAAAGGACCUAUCACUCACUGGCGGCAGGACGAGAUCGUUGUUUUGCUACCGGUUUCCCAUAAGGGCAUUGUUGCGGGUCGGUGGCCUCCUCCCUCCUCCAUACCAGGGCUUCUACCACCUUGGCACCAGCCUACGCUUAUACCUUGCGACGUGAAACGUAGUAAAGAAACUUUCACUUCUGUUGCACGCAAGUCAACGUAAGUGAUGCUAAAGCGGCUCUUCCCAGGACGACUUAACCUCAUUUUUCCCGAUACAGACGAAAGAUUCUGGAGCCCAUAUCGUGUGAAGGACGGUACGCGAAAUAAGCUGAAGAGAGCUCGCCAGGUUAUCAUGAAAUUCGCACUCGAUCUAAAAGCCCUCACUACUUCAUGUAGGGGUUUUGGUAUGCUCCACAGCCACAUUGAAGAAGAGGAGGGGAAGGGCGACUCAGGGCGCCAUUCUCGCGAUGGGAGGUUAUCAUCUUCAAGCCGUCAUCCUCGUCAGGGGAGGUUUCCAUCCCCCGAACAAAGGGAGAAGGUCAGGCGGAGUCUGGAGGAGAUGCAGCAGAUGAAGCUCAACUUGGAAAGGCAGCUGCUUCGGAUGCUCGGUCAAAGGAAGUGCCAAGACCUUCUGAGAGACCACGUCCGCCGGUGGGACAUUCUGAUGGUUGCUACGUCCGAGGACCAAGACUUCGCCUAUGAGAGCCGGGAUGCGAUCACUGACAUCCUGAAGGGCGUCUCCAUAGCUGGCCCCUGGGAAAUCAAGCUGGGGGAAAGAAGCCUGGGCCGAUGGGAGAGAAUGCUCAGUUGUUCCUCAGUCGUCGUGAUCCUGGUGUCGUACGCCCUCCUCAAAGACAACCUCCUGAUGCACCUCUGCGGCGAAAUCAUGUCGAUCUCACCGAAGAAGAAGGUCAUCCCCGUGUACCUGGAGCAGAUGAAGUCCAGGGCGUUUCCAGAAGAGCUGAGGCCACUUCUCUUGUACUACGGCAUAGACGCUCACCAUCUGAGGCCGACCGAUAUCAUCAAGCCCCUGGUGCGCUGCCUGCCGAAGGCAAUGCCGUUCAAGCGUAACCUCGACGAAAUCGACAGCAUUAGGAAGCUGAUGCUGCGCAUUUCCUUGCAGCCGGAGGCCUAUUUGUGAACUGAGAGAACUACGGUUCUUAGUAUGCAUCGUGCGUUUAGAGGCGCGAAUCAACUGUGUGUGAGUAAUGACACUGUGGUUUGGCGACAAUCUUAUUCAAAGGAAAAUACUCUGGCAUCCAAAUAAUGUUGUCUGUUGACAGAAUUCCUGUUGACACAUCUGUCAACAUAGGGGACAUCUCAUGGACGAGUUCGAUAUUGACGCCAGGUCAUCCUCUGGUCUAAUGAGAUUGAGCUAAAUAUCAUAGUUAAGUGAUAAAGUUAAGGGUGUUACGUGAAUUGACUUCCAUAUACCAACAUUCAUUUAUGAAAAUAAGUCUCAGAUCGUCAUCUCACGUGGGUUCCGAAACUCAUUGCGCUGAAAGACAGUACCUUCAGUUGAUGUCAAGGAAUUCACCAGUUCGCUGAGGUGUGCUGAACAUUUGCUCCUGUUCUGGAGAGAAGACUUCCCUUUUUAUUAACAGAGCAACAUCAUCGCUUUUACCAAUAUAUUCCUCCAUAUUCAGGAAAAGUAGAUUUAAGGAUUAGUUAACGAACAGUGCAGUUAUGGUACAGAAUGUUUAAGCGUCGGGCUAAGGCUCGUCAAGUGGGGGAAAAAGAAAAGAAAAAAUAUCAGUGGUCUAGAUAGAGUGGCGGCUGGUCACAAUGAAAUUCGUGUUCCUUUUCCAUUGUCAUUUAUCGGCAACAAUUAUUCUUCCGAACGAUCAGGAUGCAUUUUCCUGAAUGAUGACCCUAACAACAGGCCUCUGUGUGUGUUUCUUUUCUUUUCUUUUCUUUUCUGAUCCAGACGUGCUUGUCAUGUUUGAGACGUAAGAAAGGAAACUGAACGUUUCCACCAACGGCCGUUCAUCGUAAGAGUCGGGGUCUAGUUUGACAUGAGACAAGGCAGCGUGAUCUGACAACAUACCUGAUACUUUAUCAUUAGAUAGGUCAGCUUUUAUUCCUCAUUCUACCAGAUUUUUCAGAAUAUAGUCACAAGAUGAUGAACGUGUGCGACGAUAGACAUUGCAAAACUGAUUUUGUUUUUUUGUUUUUUUUGUUUACUAGUUACUUCUGUGCACACAGUGUGAGACAUUUUUUGAAGUAAUUCGCCUCUUCUUGAGUGGUGUCAACACUGAAGAAAAAGAAACAGGAAUCCUUGAACUUGCUACUAUGCAAAACGUGUCACUAUUUCUGCCAUCUCACUGUUUGAUCAAAUGAUUCACAGUUCCUUCUGCUCGCUCGAUACUACUGAUUUUGCUCUCUAAGUCCUUCUGUAACACAGAAAGUAUGACGAAAAUGACUCUCGUUGUGGCAACUUCAAAUGAAUGGAAAUAAUUCAGCAUAAACAGUUGUUUUUAUUGAAAUGUAAUACUCGAAGUAUUCUUAAUAUCUACGUAAAAAAAAAAGGUCAUGAUUCAUUUACAAGAUGAGAUAUAGACAAUAUGCAACAGAAGAUUUGUAAAAGUUAUGCACCGUGAAAGAAAACCGUAUUAGCUGAAAAGUUAAGUAUAUCUUAGUUUAAUCAGACCAGUGAGCUGAUCAGCAACUCUCCUAGGGCUGGCCCGAAGGAUUAGAGAUUUCUAGGUGGCUAAAAACCAAUUGGUUACUUAGCAACGGGACCUACAGCUUAUUGUGGGAUCCGAACCACAUUAUAUAGAAAUGAGUUUCUAUUCACCAGAAAUAAAUUCCUCUGAUUCCGCGUUGGCAGAGCGGGGAAUUAGCUGAAAAGACAUAGCUGUUAUCAACUCUUAUGAUUACCAAGAUCUUCCUUGAAUAUAUUGAUAACUAACGGCCGAUUUCAAACUAAUCAUAUUGUUGUCUGUCUGCCAAGCUACUGAGACGCCACAGAAGCGCUGAGAUCUGUCCCUCGCGUGAAGACAGUGAAAGUUAACUUACACGAUUCACUCUAGUCAUCAGCUAGUCACACAAACAAACUUUGCGAGUAUUACUAACAACUAACAAUACACACACUCACAGACACUAUAUAUAUAUGUGUGUGUUUGCUUAAAAAAUCACAGUAGAUGCAAGUGACUUCAGUAUGUAAGCGAAUACAACAGGAAAAUGACAGGCAGACGUUAAUAGACACGUGAAAGCGCUUGGUACUGAACUUCUGCCUGCUAUAUUCCUGUGGUAUAUGAAUUCUAUAAAGAUAGACACAUAUAUGUAGGCGCAUAUAAAUGUGUGUGUGCCUGCGUGCGCACCUACAUGGCUCAUUCGUGAUCUCCUAUCUCUUAUUCUGGAAAGGAUGAGAUCUACCCCUAUAAUAUGAAGUGUCUUGAUGUUUUUUCUCUUUAGAAUAUCAUAACGAAUAAGUAGUCAGUAGCUGUAGGUGGUCUUUUUCAAAAUGAAGUGUCCUGUGUACUUAGUUUCAUAAUUAAAAUGUAUACUAAUUAGGAGCUUUAGCUCUGUAAUAUACACUGACAAAUAUGUGCUGCUGUACAGCACAUUUCAUACACACAGGGUUGCACAUUAUGUAUACCUUCAUUCAUGUAUACAUGCAGUAUGUGUAUGCUCAUUCAUACGUAGUAUGAAAUGGAGAUUACAUUUUGUAAAGCCGUUGGAUGAUUACUAGUAUAUAUCAUGAAAAAUUUGUGUAUAUAUUAU